ACAAGUUGGCUUAAAUAAUCGUCUCCAAUUCCAAAGGAAACAUACCUUCAAACAAUUCAUUCAUCUCUCUCUCUCUCUCUCGGAAACAAGCAUAUGGGGGACAUGAAAUCGUUGGCAAAUGCAAGAAUGGAGCUUGAAGAGCUAUAUCUGGGAAUCCCAGAUGAUUCAGUGAACCUCACAUUUCAAGACCUAGCAAAUGUAAAAGAUAAUGCGAAUGCAGCAGAAAAGAAGAAACCCACAUCCAUGGAGUACACGAUUCAACAAGCCAAGAAUCAAGCUUCUCCUCUAAACAAAUUGCCUAGUCUUGACUUCAAAAGAGGUUUACAAGAAUCCAAGAAUAAUCAUCAUCAUCAUCAUCACCUUGACCUUGACCUUGACCUUGCUAGCCAUGGAGGACACAAAUUUGAGUCCCACAGUGCAAGUCCUAGACACCACCACCACCUCCACCAUGGUGCGGAUGGCCUGCAUGAUCAUCAUCGAUAUGGUUAUGAUGAUCAUCGUCCAAGCCAUCAUGGGCAUGCAGAAUUUAGAUGUGGAAUGGAGAAUAGCAGAGCAUAUGAUGAUAGGAGCAUGAAUUCUAUGUAUGAAGAAAGAGGUGGAAGAGCUCGCCGCCCGGGGAUUCCUCACUCCAAUAUUUGCACUAUUUGCUCUACUUACAUCUAUAUUUUUAGACAUCGUUGCUUGGUAUGUGGAAGGGUGUACUGCAGGAGUUGUGUGAGCAUUGGAAUGGGAGAGAUGACUGAAGGAAGAAAAUGCAUCCAAUGCUUAGGGAAAAGAUUCAGCCAUAGGUACAUAGAAAGGGCCGGAAAGGUAGGGUGUUGUUCAAGGUAUCCAAGCACAGUGAAGCAAGCCGAACUGAGAUGGGCAGAGAAAGGACCUAAGAGAAGUGGGGAGAAAGGUUAUGGUCACAGCAGCAUGGUCUCCAGAUCUGUAAACCCAACAAGGCCUCAUAUUAUAAACAACAAUACCUCUCCCUCUUUUGUCUCUUCCUUAUCACCUCAUUCCCCUUAUUCGGCUCAUCAUCAUCACUUCCCAUUAUAGAUAAAAUUAGUUAGGCUUGCUAUUUUAUUAUUUUUAUUAUUAUUGUUGUUGAAUUUUUGUAUUUUUAAAAUUCAGUAUUAUUGGUUAUUUC